CAAAAUUUGCGUCAUCCAGGAGAGAUUCGACUGACUUCAACUCUCCAAGUCGAAUGGCAACUACUUCUCCGUUAGACGACCAAAGAGAGAAAUAAAGCGGAAAGGGGAGAUCUUGUUCUUGCCAACUUUCUCUGGCUGAAAGGGUUUUAUGAGCAGAAACCCUAGAUCGCAAUUGAAAGCCCUAAAUCGUUUGUAAAUUGUAAUCUGAUUGGUUCUCUUUCUGGAAAAGCUAAGGCUCUAGGGCUUCGAUUUGGUGUUUUCCAUGUGAAAUUGUUGAUAAGGUUGCGAGGUUUUACAGGAAGUUUUGAUUUUUUUCGCUGUUUGGAUUUCUUUGUCGGAUUUGGGAAGGGUUUUGAAGAAAAGAUGGCGGUAUCAGGUGGAGAAGAGGAAGAAGCUGAGUAUGAGAGUGAUCCAGAGGAGUCGAUGCCUUUGGCGAUGCGGAGGAGGGAAGCAAGUGAUGAUGAGGAAGGAGAGGGGGAAGAUAGGGAGAAGCCUCGGAGGGUCGAUCGCAGAGUCGUAGUUGAUUCGGAUGGUGAAUCGGAUGGUCAAGGUGGAGCACCGGCGUAUGAUGAUGAAGAAUCAGAGAUAGAGGAAGAGAUGGAAGAGGAGGAGGAUGAAGAAGAAGUUGAAGAAGUAGAAGAAGAAGAAGAAGAGUAUGAAGAGAGACAUAGUGAAGAGGGGCAUGGUGCCGGUGAAGUUGAGGGUCCGGAAGCGGUGCCGGACUCUGGUGUCGAGGGGCGGAGAUCAGGCGGAGAACCUUCGGGUUUUCGUGGUAAGAAUCAGCCGGAAGAGGAGAAGAAGGAGAAUGAGCCAUUUGCCGUGCCGACAGCUGGUGCUUUUUACAUGCACGAUGACCGGUUUAGAGACAAUGGGGGUGGUCGACACAGACGAACUCCUGGUGGGCGGAAGUUAUGGGAAUCGAAGGAUGAUAGGAAGUGGGGACAUGAUAAGUUUGAAGAGAUGACUUUGCAGGAAACUCACUAUGAAGAGGAAAGGAGGAGGACUUCUAAAGGUUAUUAUCGAGGUCGUGGCAAGAACCGAGGUAUGGACCGUGGGUAUACAAGAGGAAACAGAUCAAGAGCUUAUGAGAACAAUAACAAUCACAACCGUACUGCUAAGAGUGUAAGAGGUAGAGGGCCUAGAAGGUAUGAGCCUACUGCAAAGAACGGUACUGAGACCCCACCAACUCAAAACAAGCAAUCCGUAAAAUCCUCUGAACCCCCCUCGACUACUAGUUCAGGGAAGGUAUCUACACAGGCAUUGAAUGUACAAACUGACCCAGCUCCUCCCAGGAAGAAUGCGUUUGCAUCAAGUUUGAAUUCUGCUUCUCCUCCAUUUUAUCCUUCUGGCUCUUCCAAUCAAGACAUCUCUGUGACACAAAAAAGGGAUCCACAAUCAGGAAAAGUCAAUAGGAACCUUACACCUUCUGUACUGAUGGAGGAGAAUUUUUCAAUGCCACAUUCCAGUGCCAUGCUUCGAGGAAAGACUAUUUCCGAUCCCAUUGGUCAGGAUCAACCUUAUAUUGAUGAGCCCAUGCGGUCUGUUUCUGGGAAAUUAACCAAUCUGCAGAUAAAUUCAUCCGGGCCUUCACCAGUUAAUUCAACACAACCUCCUCAGUCCAGGGGUCAGGGAAGAGGUUUAACUGUAUCUGGACAACUUAAUUAUCAGCCUGCCCCAUCUUUUAACCAAGUAAACAGAGUUUCUCCACAGCCACAGAUAUCUUCUAUUCAGCCAAGGCCUGUCCAAAUCCCAGUUCAACCUUCUUUACGAGCUUCUACUCAGCAUCUUGGUCAGCAUCCAGGUAGUGGAUCUCAAGCUUCUUCCCCACCAAAGGCUCCAUCAAGGAAUUCACCGGAACCUGGAGAAACAGAAUCUCCGCCAGGAUCAAGUAAAGCCAAGACUGCAUUGGUCGGAAAAGGGAAAGGCAGUGUUCAAGGUAGUGGAAGGGGCUCUUUUCUGUACAGUGGGGCUCAGGUUAUUGGAGCUACAGGGACCGUAGGUGUUGCUCAUGGUGAUCAAAGCUUUCCUGCCACUCCAGCACUUUUACCAGUCAUGCAAUUUGGGGGACAGCAUCCUGGUGGUCUUGGAGUUCCUGCUGUUGGUAUGGCACUUCCAGGAUAUGUUGCACAGCCACAGCUUGGUUUUGGAAAUUCAGAGAUGACAUGGGUACCAGUCUUGGCGGGUGCUGCAGGGGCUCUAGGGGCUACAUAUUGCUCUCCCUACAUUGCUGUUGAUGGUGGUUAUUAUGCUCGUCCAUCAGGACAGACAUCUUCCUUGAGUGGGUCCGGCAGAGAAACUAAUACAAGCAAAGCUAAUAAUGCGUGGAAGCCUCCACAAAGACCUGAGCUUGUAAAUGAUGAGUUUGGGCAACGACAAAAUAAGCCUCGCAGAUACUCAGAGAUGAACUUUGGCCAGUGAAGUAUAUACAUAAGAUUGAGUUUAUUUGAAUAAGCUGCUAAAGUUCUUCCUGGCCCUUUGUGAUUCCAGCUUUUGUUUUGGAGCACUUUGGGGAGAGACGUGUCCAAGAUAUGCUAGCAUACGCUCUUCUUGAAUCAUGCAGUUAUAUAACAAACACCUGCUCAUGCUGCGGUUGAAUUGAGAGGAGGAUUGCAGCUUGACAGGUGGCAGUUCUUUGUUCAAAUUAGCGGUUUUUCUAUUUUGGCUUGUUAGUUCUUUGUGAAGCUUGUGAAGAAACGGGAGCGGGCUUCUUCAAGAAUUAUAGUAUAGAAAAACUAUGGGGAGUAAAAGAAUCAUAAGUGGAGGUGUUGCUAGGUGAAGUUAGGUUGUUAUUGGUCUUGCCUUGGCUCCUCUUCGGUGGUGGCCCUUCCCUUGUUUGUGGGUUGAUUGAUUGGUUAGUGCUGCUUUGAUGUUGCCUGAUUGGAGAAUGUAUUUUCCUUCUGCGGGGUUGGUUCAUUGCACACUUUGCUAUAGUUUUAUGCAAGGAAUGCUUCUCAUGUUAGUGCUGGUUCUGUUUUAGUUGGACACCUCUUUUUCUGGACUAAUAGAAUUCCCCAUCUCAUGUUUGCACCUUGCAUUAGUAUUUAGAUAUUAUGCUUUUUUGGUUUUUCU